UGCAGCGGGAUCGCGCUCAUCUUCCCUCCAGACUGACAUCUCCUGAGCAGCAGCGGGCAGUAAUGGAGCCGCCGGAAGGACACUGCGACGGGGUGGCCGCUGACCAGCACACCGUGUGGAUUCUACUCGGAUAAUAACACUCCUUUUCAUUCGCUCACAGCCAGACUGCACUGAACGACGAGCAAGGGACGUCGUCAGAGAGGCCGGGAGAAUGAAUGAAUAUUCCGCUACAAGCCGGUCGAGUCAGCCCAACCCAGUCCGAGCUGGGUGGGUUCAUCCGGCGUAAAAGCAGCCACCUUCCACCGGUGAUGUCUGCCUUCUGCCUCGACCUGAACACGCCCGGAGGGGUGAGUCCAGCACCGCUGGAGCUGGACAGCGACACCAUGGAGCCGCGCCACAGCCCGGCGAGCCACCAGCCCGGCGGCCGCCCGAUGCUUCACGCCGGCUCCGGAGGCCUCGGCGUGGCGCUGGAGGAGGAGCUGGCCAUGCUGGGGGAGAAGCAGGGCGAGGAGGAAGAGCUCCCGGUGGUCCACAACGCAGACUUGCGCUCCCUUUUCCGCCAAAAGGAGAAAGAUUUGCUCUUGGCUGCCAAACUCGGCAAGGCUUUGUUGGAAAGGAACCAAGACUUGAGCAAGCAAUAUGAGAAAAUGCACAAAGAUCUCAACGACAAAUUAGAGCACUUGGAGCAGGAGAAGCAUGAGUUGCGUUGGCGUCUGGAAAGUCGAGAGGGGGUGUGGGAGAGUCGCGUGGCCGAGUUGGAGAGCGACGUUCAGCAGCUGCAAGGAGAUCUGGAGCGACACCAGGUCCAGUUGAGAGAAACUGACCGGGACAAAACCAAGGCCAUCAGUGAACUGUCAGAACAGAACCAUAGAUUGCGGGACCAACUUCAAAAGGCUGCUGAGGUGGAGAGGCAGCUAACCAUUCAGGUCCAUUCAUUACGGGAUGACUUCAGGGAGAAGAAUACGUCUGCCAGCCAGCACAUGACACGACUAGAAAUACUACAAGCCGAAAUUAAAAUGCUGUCGGAGAGGAAGAUGGAGCUGGAACGGCGGAUGCAGGUCGUGCUGGAGGAGAAAGAAGUGCUUAGGAAUACCGUAGAAGACCUCAGAGAGAAGACGCUGGUGUUGGAGAGGCAGUGUCACGAGAAAGACCAACAGUUGCAGCAGAGUCAGGUGGCGCUUCUGGAGGUUCAGUUGUCCCACAGACAGCUUGCAGCUCAACUAGAGGAGCUAACAGAGGAGAACAGCCUGCAAAGCCUCACCCCUCACCGGUCUAGCCUAUUGUGUGAGAUAGAACAAAGUAUGGAACAGGAGGAGCAGGAGAGGGAGCAGCUGCGUCUUCAACUAUGGCAGGCCUACUGUGAGGUGCGCUCACUGUGCUCCCAUCUCCGGGGUAACGACGUCACAGACUCUGCGCUAUCCACAGAUUCUUCCAUGGACGAGUCCUCGGAGACGUCCUCAGCCAAGGACGUACCUACUGGGAGCCUUCAUGCCAACCUGCUAGAACUACGCAGGCUGACACAGAACCUGCUUGAUGGGAACGAGUCCACGGGUUCUCGGCACAGUGAUGAGGAAGCUUUGGAAGAACAAUUGAGGAAGCUUGGAGAAGAACUAAGAGAAGUCCGAGAACUGUAUGAAGUCGAGCAGGACAAGGCGCACAACAGUAAAAAGGAGCUGCUACAGCUGCACAAUCAGAUGACGCUGCUCUCGGUAGAAAUGUGUUCCCUCCAAGAGGAGACUGAGCUGAUGAGGACCAUGGCUGAGGUCCGAGAGCCCAGCGAGCAGCUCCAGAGUGCAAUCAAAGACAGAGAUGAGGCCAUUGCAAAGAAGAAGGCAGUGGAGAUGGAGCUGGCCAAGUGUAAAAUAGACAUCAUGUCUUUAAAUAGUCAGCUUCUGGACGCCAUCCAACAGAAGCUCAACCUAUCACAGCAGCUGGAAGCCUGGCAGGAUGACAUGCACAGAGUGAUUGACCAGCAGUUGAUGGACAAGCACCAGGACGAGUGGCGGUCUCCUCACCCCUCGGGGUCGUCGAGGGCUCACGGCGCCCAGUCCUCCAGACGAGCUCUCCGCAUCUCCGACAGGGACAGAAGACUCUUUUCUUUUUUCAAAAAGAAUUAAGGGAGACAAAGAAAAAGCCAGGCAAGGUCCCGCCGAAGAAGGGAGUGGCGUGACAGCACAGGUGUAAAGACCACCCAAACACACACACACACACACACACACAUCCUGUCUGAUUGGGAUUAUUUGUUCUCAGUGAAAUGGUAACAACUUGAUUUGGAAGUAGGACUUGAUGUGAUUUCCACUGAGGAAAGUUUCCUAGUAGUGCCUAAAUGAUCCAUUGCUUCUUCCUGCCAGCUCCGUAGGACAGGGGUCCCCAACCACCGGUCCAGGGACCACCACUGUUCUGCCACGCAUUUGCUACCGAGAAACAUUUAAUUAUUUAUUAAUGAGCGCAUUUUCUCCAAUUGAACUUUUGCCAGUCUCACUACACACCAGUCAGUUUGCUCAUAGAUGCACGCAUGAAACUCUGCCAUUUCUUAAAUCUUUGUUACAUGGAACAAUGCACAUUAGUGAACAUAAGUAAAUGGCUAAACAACAUCUGCAGUCCCCAGCAGGUUGAUAGUAUAUAAUAUUUACAUGGUAUAUAAUAUAUACAGGCGGGUUGAUGGUAUAUAAUAUAUAGAGGCAGGUAUAUAAUAUAUACAGGUUGAUGGUAUAUAAUAUAUUGAGUCGGGUUGAUACAGUAGAUAUAUAUAUAUAUAUAUAUAUAUACAUAUAUACACACACAGGCAGGUUGCUGGUAUAUAAUAUAUAGAGGCAGGUAUAUCAUAUAUACGGGCUGAUGGUAUAUAAUAUAUACAGGCAAGUUGAUGAUAUAUAAUAUAUAGUGAAGUGAAUUAUAUUUAUAUAGCGCUUUUCUCGAGUGACUCAAAGCGCUUUACAUAGUUAAACCCAAUAUGUAAGUUACACUUAAACCCGUGUGGGUGGCACUGGGAGCAGGUGGGCGAAGUGUCUUGCCCAAGGACACAACAGCAGUGACUAGGAUGGCGGAAGCGGAUUUCGAACCUGUAACCCCUCAAGAUGCUACCACGGCCGAUCUACCAACCGAGCCACGCCGCCCCAUUUGAACGAUAAGAAUUUGGAAUGUUAUGAGAAUAAAUUCCUACAGAAAUUAAUGUUACAGGAAUAAAGACAGAAUUUUUUUUUUCAAUGUCGCCAUUUUGAAAAUAAAUUAACGUAAAAAAAAUGUUUCUUUAUUACAUAGUACUUUAAUUUGAAUUGGCUUUUUUUUUUUUUUCCCCAAAGACCCGAAUUUGACCAAAAAAAGUCAAAUUUGCUCGGGAAUUAAGUUAUUUCUGUUAAAGAAAUGUCAUAAAGUAAAACAAAUAAAUACAAAUGUAAUUUUAACAUGAUUUUUGUGAUAUAGUCAUAAUCCUAGAAGAAUACCGUUGCGUGUUUUUCUUUAAAAAACUAUUACGAUAAUAAUGUCCUAAUUUUAAAAUGAUCAUAGUCUUAUAUAUAGAGGCAGGUUGAUGGUAUAUAAUAUAUAGAGGCAGGUAUAUAAUAUAUACAGGUUGAUGGUAUAUAAUAUAUAGAGGCAGGUAUAUAAUAUAUACAGGUUGAUGGUAUAUAAUAUAUAAAAGCAGGUUGAUGGUAUGUAAUAUAUAGAGGCAGGUUGCUGGUAUAUAAUAUAUAGAGGCAGGUAUAUAAUAUAUACAGGUUGAUGGUAUAUAAUAUAUAGAGGCAGGUAUAUAAUAUAUACAGGUUGAUGGUAUAUAAUAUAUAGAGGCAGGUAUAUAAUAUAUACAGGUUGAUGGUAUGUAAUAUAUAGAGGCAGGUUGAUGGUAUAUAAUAUAUAAAAGCAGGUUGAUGGUAUGUAAUAUAUAGAGGCAGGUUGCUGGUAUAUAAUAUAUAGAGGCAGGUUGCUGGUAUAUAAUAUAUAGAGGCAGGUAUAUAAUAUAUACAGGUUGAUGGUAUAUAAUAUAUACAGGGUGAUGGUAUAUAAUAUAUACAGUACAUACAAUAAACCUGCUGGGGAAGUCUCAUCACAAAGAAAUAAGCUCCCAUUAAUUCAGGGUUAUGGUGAGUUGUAUUUUUCAUUAAACUCACUACUGAAACCCACUACUACCGACCACGCAGUCUGAUAGUUUAUAUAUCAAUGAUGAAAUAUUAACAUUGCAACACAUGCCAAUACGGCCUUUUUAGUUUACUAAAUUGCAAUUUUAAAUUUCCCGCGAAGUUUCGUGUUGAAACCGUCACGGUAUGAUGUUUGUGUUUGUGACGUCACCGGUUGUAGCGGACAUUAUUUUCCAGCCCGAUAAAAGCUAUAAGUAGUCUGCUUUAAUCACAUAAUUACACAGUAUUCUGGACAUCUGAGUUGCUGAAUCUUUUGCAAUUUGUUCAAUUAAUAAUGGAGAAGUCAAAGUAGAAAGAUGGAGGUGGGAAGCUUUUAGCCUUUAGCCACAAAAACACAGCCGGUGUUUCCUUGUUUUAAAUUCCCGAAGAUGAAGCUUUACUAUGGAUCAGAGUGGUCAAGCGAACAUGGAUCCGGACUACUUGUCAACCGGCGGUUUUCGGUGAGAAAAUUGUGGUAAUAAGUCGCCUCUUACCGUAGACAUCAGCGGAGCUUCCGUACUGCUGCAGCUGUCAUGACUUCCCUCAGAGACUCUGGCUAUUUAAUCUCACUAAAACACUAGUAACACAAUAAGCAGAUAAGGGAUUUUCCAGAAUUAUCCUAGUAAAUGUGUCUAAUAACAUCUGAAUCGCUCCUACUGCAAUCGGCUUUUUUUUUUCCACUUUUUUUUUUCUAGUCCUUCACUCUAAAUUUCCUCAUCCACGAAUCUUUCAUCCUCGCUCAAAUUAACGGGGAAAUUGUCGCUUUCUCGGUCCGAAUCGCUCUAGCUGCUGCUGGCUAUGAUUGUAAACAAUGUUCAGAUGUGAGGAGCCCUACAACCCGUGACGUCACGCGCACAUUGUCUGCGACUUCCGGUACAGUCAAGGCUUUUUUAUUAGCGACCAAAAGUUGCGAACUUUAUCGUCCAUGUUCUCUUCUAAAUCCUUUUAGCAAAAAUAUGGCAAUAUUGCGAAAUUAUCAAUUAUGACAUGUAGAAUGGACCUGCUAUCCCCGUUUAAAUAAAAAAAUCUCAUUUCAGUAGGCCUUUAAAUUUAACUGCAUUUGUCUGCCACGCGUGGAAGUGUGGUAAUGAAGGCCGGUCUGUGGUAAUGAAGGCCGGUCUGUGAUGACGAUGCCACAUUAAAUCGGUCCCUGGUGCAAACAAUGUUGGGGACCCCUGCUGUGGGAGGUAACACUUUAAAUGUCUCUCCUCGCCCACACAGUGGACAUGUUAGAGCAGCUUGGAAACAGAAUGUUAACAUGGUAGCAUCUUCUUGGCACGCUCUGUUUCCAUUUGCACACUUCAACAAGUAUAUUAUGACUUCCAUAAGUAUACUAGUAGGACUUCAAUAUGUAUACUACGACUUCAAUAAGUAUACUGUGACUUUAACAAAUAUACUGUGACUUCAAUAAGUAUAUAAUAUGACAUCAACAAUAUACAAUGACUUCAAUAAGUACACUAUGACUUCAACAAGUACACUACUACUUCAAUAAUUUAAUCUAGACUUCAACAUGUAUAGUUAAGUUAAAGUACCAAUGAUUGUCACACACACACGAGGUGUGGCGAAAUUAUUCUCUGCAUUUGACCCAUCACCCUUGAUCACCCCCUGGGAGGUGAGGGGAGCAGUGAGCAGCAGCAGUGGCCGCGCCUGGGAAUCAUUUUUGGUGAUUUAACCCCCUAAUUCCAUCCCUUGACGCUGAGUGCCAAGCAGGGAGGUAAUGGGUCCCAUUUUUAUAGUCUUUGGUAUGACUCGGCCGGGGUUUGAACUCACGACCUAUCGAUCUCAGGGCGGACACUCUAACCGAAUGACUGCAAUGUGGAUUUUAUGACUUCAACAAUAUACUAUGAUUUCAAUAAGUAUACUAUGACUUGAAGAAGUAUACUAUGACCUCAAUAAAUAUGUUUUGACAUAAUUUACAAUGACUUCAAAAAGGAAAAUCAGGACUUCAAUAAGUGUACAUUCAAAACCUCAAAAAUAAAUACUAUGACUUCAACAAGAAUAGUAUGACUUCAAUGUAUAUGUAUAUACUGUGACUUCAACAAGUAUAUUAUGACAACACUAUACAAUGACUUCAAUAAGUAUACUAUGACAAUAUACCAUGACUUCAAUAAGUAUACUAUGACUUCAACAAGUAUAUUAUGACAAUAUACCAUGACUUCAAUAAGUAUACUAUGACUUCAACAAGUAUAUUAUGAUAAUAUACCAUGACUUCAAUAAGUAUACUGGGACUUCAACAAGUACACUUUGACUUCAAUAAGUAUAUCAUGACAAUAUACCAUGACUUCAAUAAGUAUACUAUGACUUCAAUAAGUAUACCAUGACUUCAACAAGUAUACUAUGACUUCAAUAAGUAUAUCAUGACAAUAUACCAUGACUUCAAUAAGUAUACUAUGACUUCAAUAAGUAUACCAUGACUUCAAUAAGUAUACCAUGACUUCAACAAGUAUACUAUGACUUCAAUAAGUAUAUCAUGACAAUAUACCAUGACUUCAAUAAGUAUACCAUGACUUCAACAAGUAUACUAUGACUUCAAUAAGUAUAUUAUGACAAUAUACCAUUGUAUGACUGCAAGGUGUAUUCUACGACUUCAACAAUAUACAACGACUUCAACAAGUAUACUAUGAUUUUAAUAACGACACUAUGACUUAAACAAGUAUACUAAGUAUGUUUUGACUUAAAUAUACAAUGACUUUAAUAAGGAAAGUUACGACUUCAAUAAGUGUAGUAUGACAUAACUUAUGUCAUAGUAUAUUUAUCAAAGUCAUAGUGCACUCAAAACGUCGAAAAAAUACUAUGACUUCAACAAGAAUAGAAUGACUUCAAUGUAUGUACUGUGACUAAAACAAGUAUACUGUGACUUCUACUAGUAUACUAUGACUUCAACAACUUUACUAUGACUUCAACAACUUUACUAUGGCUUCAACACGUUUACUAUGCACACUGUGUACUUAAUCACUGAGAGCGUGAAUGUUGACAGCGUAGUGUUAUCUUCAGUAGUGGUUUUAGGUCGGGGCCACGGAGACUCUCUCUCUGUCGCGCCUCAAGGAUGAGGGAGGGAAAAAAACCUCAAAAGAUCAGAAGCAGUGUGUCAGAAAUAGCCCCCCCGCCCCGCUACUGCUCGCAUGAAGUGGAGGAAACUAAGCCAAUGAGAGCCGAUGAGCAAUUUUAGAAGCGUUUGAUUGGUUAGCCGGUUGACACGUUUGAGUGCUACUCAGGGACGAGCCGUUGUUAGAAAUGACGACGAUUGGCCAAAACGUAAUUAAGACAAAGAGUCAAGGUUGUAGUGCUUGGUUGAAUUGGGGAGAAUGAGUAGCGCCUGAAAGAGAUGAAAUGCUCUAAUUAAAAGAAAUAACGAACACGAAUCACUACCUGCUGGUCUAAGUCAAUCACUGCCGUUUUGCACUUACUUCAGUUGACUAUUACGAUAUUUACUCCUUUUGUCUUUUCAUUGGUCUCUCCUUGUAAGUGGUGCCAAGAUGUUGACUAUCAAGGGUGGUGAGUGAGGAUGCAUUGCUGCGCGCUCGCCACCGGGGGGCGUGGUGAGUGCAACUGUACGGCCAGUGCACUGCAUUUAGGCCAGGGGUCGGCAACCCAAAAUGUUGAAAGAUCCAUAUCGGACCAAAAAUAAAAGCCAUAUUACAUACAGAUAGUGUGUCAUGAGACAUAAAUUUAAUUAAGAGGACUUAAAGGAAUCUAAAUGAGCUCAAAUAUAGCUACAAAUGAGGCAUAAUAAUGCCAUAUGUACAGAAACCGAGCCUAAGUAGCAUGUUAGCAUCGAUUAGCUUGCAGUGACCAAACAUGUCUGGUUAUCACUCCACACGAGUCAAUAACAUCAACAAAACUCACCUUAGCGCGUUCACGCGCGACAUUAAAAGUUUGGUGGACAAAAUGAGACAGAAAAAGAAGUGUCAUAAAACACGUCUUAGAAAGUCGGAGAAAAUUAUACAUGUAAACAAACUACGGUGAGUUCAAGGACCGCCAAAAUUAGUAGUGUUCGCUAAACAGUUGAAUCAGUGAAGCAUAUUUAAUAUAAACAGUGUGCUUUAUAACAAUUAGGGAAGUUUGUGUCAUGUUUGUCCUCCUACUGAAACUAUAUUAAAACAUCUUUUUCCAUUUUUCAUACAUUUUUGAAAAAGCUCCAGAGAGCCACUAGGGCGGCGCUUCUAGAGCCACGGGUUGCCGACCCCCGCCCUAGGGUAAACUGGAUCACACAUGGCACACUGACAAAGCUUAACCGAUUGUUACUACAACAAUCUACUAGGUUAAUAUAGGUUGCUUCUCUUUUUUCUCCUCCAAUUUUCUGCUUUCUUUUGUAACUUUAGUUAUUAUUAUGUAUAUGUAUAGUUGCAUUUGAACAACAACAUCAACAAAACUCACCUUUGUGCAUUCACGCACGACAUUAAAAGUUUGGCGGACAAAAUGAGACAGAAAAAGAAGUGGCUUAGAAAGUCUCACUACGGCAGGGGUCACCAACCUUUUUGAAACCAAGAGCUACUUCUUGGGUACUGAUUAAUGCAAAGGGCUACCAGUUUGAUACACACUUAAAUAAAUUGCCAGAAAUAGCCAAUUUGCUCAAUUUACCUUUAAUAAAUAAAUCUAUAUUUAUAAAUAAAUUGUAUUUCUGUCUGUCAUUCCAUCGUACAUUUUUUUUCCUUUUACAGAAGGUUUUUUGUAGAAAAUAAAUGAUGAAAAAAAUCACUUAUUUGAACGGCUUAAAAGAGGAGAAAACAUGAAAAAAAUUACAAUUAAAUUUUGAAACAGUUUAUCUUCAAUUUCGACUCUUUAAAAUUCAAAAUUUAACUGAAAAAAGGAAGAGAAAAACUAGCUAAUUCGAAUAUUUUUGAAAAAAUAAAAAAUAUAAUUUAUGGAACAUCAUUAGCAAUUUUCCCUGAUUAAGAUUAAUUUUAGAAUUUUGAUGACAUGUUUUAAAUAGGUUGAAAUCCAAUCUGCACUUUGUUAGAAUAUAUAACAAAUUGGACCAAGCUAUAUUUCUAACAAAGACAAAUCAUUUCUUCUACAUUUUCCAGAACUAAAAUUUUAAAAGAAAUUCGAAAUACUUUGAAAUAAGAUUUAAAUUUGAUUAUACAGAUUUGCCAGAAUUUUUUUUUUAAAUUUUAAUCAUAAGUUUGAAGAAAUAUUUCACAAAUAUUCUUCGUCGAAAAAACAGAAGCUAUAGUGAAGAAUUAAAUUAAAAUUUAUUAAUUAUUCUUUACAAUUAAAAAAAAAAUUACUUUAACAUUGAUUUAAAUUGUCAGGAAAGAAGAGGAAGGAAUAUAAAAAGGUAAAAAGGUAUGUUUUUAAAAGUCCUAAAAUCAUUUUUAAGGUUGUAUUUUUUCUCUAAAAUUGUCUUUCUGAAAGUUAUAAGAAGCAAAGUAAAAAAAUAAAUGAAUUUAUUUAAACAAGUGAAGACCAAGUCUUUAAAAUAUUUUCUUGGAUUUUCAAAUUCUAUUUGAGUUUUGUCUCUCUUAGAAAUUAAAAAUGUCGAGCAAAGCGAGACCAGCUUGCUAGUAAAUAAAUACAAUUUAAAAAAUAGAGGCAGCUCACUGGUAAGUGCUGCUAUUUGAGCUAUUUUUAGAACAGGCCAGCGGGCGACUCAUCUGGUCCUUACGGGCGACCUGGUGCCCGCGUUGGUGACCCCUGCACUACGGUGAGUUCAAGGACCGCCAAAAUUAGUAGGAUAAAACGGCGCUGGCCAAAUACUCGCAUUACUGAAGCAUGUUUAAUACAAACAGUGUGCUUUAGAACAAUUAGGGAGGUCUAUGUCAUGUUUGUCCUCUGACAGAAACCAUAUUAAAGCAAAAAAAUUUUUUUAUACAUUUUUGAAAAAGCUCCAAAGGGCCACUAGGCUGCCGACCCCUAAUUUAGGUUAAUAAGCGUUUAGGAUACAUUGAAGUGUGCCGAUGGAAACACCGCCGUGAAGUCCAAGCUGUUUCUUUGAUGGCUUUAUUUCUUUCCUUGGGAGAUCAGCACGUCAUGAAUGUCACCAGCCAUCAAUAUAUCUUUUAUCAUCAGCACUCAAGCACUUUGUCAUUUUCUGAAUUUUUUUUUUUUGGGGUUGGAGGGGGACUUCGAAGCUAAUAUAUACAACUAAAGCUCUGUGUAUCCUGUUUUUCCAACAAAAGCAGAACAGAAGUAGAGUACAUUGACGGAUGCAAUAAACAAUCAAAGAUAAUAAAAUUCUCUACGGCAUGGUGGACAUGUUUCAUUAAAGGGAAGAUUGGAAUGUUGGUCGCCGACAUGUCAACAAACAUUUUCUUGGUGGAUUACUUUGACAUUUCAAAAGAGGUGUUGAAUAUUGCACAAAUGAAAUAUUGUCUAAAUUGCUUAUUGAUUGGAUUGGAAUAAUGUUAGCAUCUUCAAUGUACAAACCCCGUUUCCAUAUGAGUUGGGAAAUUGCGUUAGAUGUAAAUAUAAACGGAAUACAAUGAUUUGCAAAUCAUUUUCAACCCAUUUUCAGUUGAAUAUGCUACAAAGACAACAUAUUUGAUGCUCGAACUGAUAAAAAAAUGUUUUAUUGCAAAUAAUCAUUAACUUUAGAAUUUAAUGCCAGCAACAUGUAACAAAGUAGUUGGGAAAGGGCAUGUUCACCACUGUGUUACAUCACCUUUUCUUAUAACAACACUCAAUAAACGUUUGGGAACUGAGGAAACUAAUUAUUGAAGUUUUGAAAGUGGAAUUCUUAGUAGAUCUAACACAAUUUCCCAACUCAUAUGGAAACGGGGUUUCUAUUAAAGUGACCCCCCCCAAACAUCCUUUCAUUUUUCUGUAUGACAACUGUUUUUCUGGAAAAGACUUGAUUUUGUUGACAAGACGUCGUCCUCUUUUAUCUUGAACAUUUUUCCUCGCCGACCAAAUCCUCAGAAAUGUUUACAUGGACGUGAGAACAAAAGACAAACCACCACAUCGCUCCGAUUGUUCCUCCACUGCAGCUUCUUUAUUGUUCAUAUCAUUAAAAAGUUGUGUUGAUUUUGACAACACGAUAUUGGAAGAAGAAAAGAAAAAAAUGUUUACCUCCAUCCUCACCGCUUCAUGAACGCUUUGAGUUCCAUUUUGGCCCGUAAGAACCCACUUAGAACACUUCGAAUGUCGUAAAAUAUAGUCCUGUGCAACUUGCUUAGAACUAUAGUUUCAGUCCUUAAGUGGAAACAUGUUAGAGGUGGUCAUGUGACAGCAUACUUGCUAACCUUGAGACCUCUGAAUUCAGGAGAUUGGGGU